AUGGCUGGAACUUCAAACAAUGAGCAACAAAAUUCGAGCUUCAGCUUAGAUCCUUUCGUGGAACUUAAGGGGAUGAUGCAAGCCAUAAUCGAACGACAAGUUACUGUAGAGCAAACUGUGGUGAAUUUCAUAAAACAAAACACACAGAUGCAUCCUAAUGUGCCAGAAUCGGAGGUAGCCUCACCAUUCCCACUGGAAGUUGGAAACAAUGACAGGGAUAUUCCCACCAAGAUUGAAGAGGAAAUGACCAGGAUGAAAGAAGUGUUGAAAGGUAUCACUCAAGCCGAACCAUGGAUGGACAUCCAUGGGCUAACUCUCUUUCCUAAAGCGCGCCUCCCAUAUGGUUUUAAGAUGCCUGUCCUUUCACACUUUGACGGAACAGGAAGUCCUACCAACUUCUUAAAACUCUAUGUUGGCGCUAUGAGCCCUUGGGGUGUAGAUGAACCAUUGAUGGCUCAGUUAUUUCAACAAUAUCUUGAUGGAGCUGCUUCACAUUGGUUUUUGAAUCUGGAAAAUUCAAAGAAAUCCACUUGGGCCGACAUAGUGAGAGAGUUUUCCAACCAAUAUAAAUACAAUGAGGAAAUUGAUAUCACGAGAAGGGAUUUGGAGACAACUACACAGAAUAUUAAUGAAACAUUUUCUUCCUUCAUUACUAGAUGGAGAAAUAAAGCAGCUAAAAUGAUAAAUAGGCCGAAUGAAGAAGAGCAAUUGCAGAUGAUUGUGAAAAAUCUCGUUCCUGUAUAUCAAAAGCAGAUGGCUUAUCAAUACUUCCCCUCUUUUAAAGCUCUUAUCUCAACUGGGUCAUUGGUUGAAGACGCCAUAAAUAAGGGAGAGAUCAAGAAGGAAGACUUUAAUAAUGUCAAAUCAUAUAGUUCAAGGUUCGGGGCCAAUAAGAAGAUCACCAAUAAUGAUGCAUCUGCUUCAAAGCCUACCAACAUGAUAUACAACAUUGGGGCAACCUCGACAUUUCAACUCCGACCCCAAAGAGAAUUCACUCCUUUAAAUAUGACAUAUGCCCAUGCAUUCUCCAAACUAAAAAAGGCUAAUCUCAUCCAACCUUUGAACCUAAGACCUCCACCAAGGAACCCGCCACCAACGUACAACCCAAAAAAACAUUGUGAAUUUCAUCAAGGAGUCGGGCACGACAUUGAAAGUUGUACGACAUUCAAGCAUCGACUACAAGACUUGAUAGAUGGUGGAAGGAUCUCUGUUGGAACCUUAGCCAACAAACCAAAUAACACGCAACCUAGCAUCACAAAUAACCCCCUUCAAAAUCACAAACCCCCUACCUCCAUAAAUGCCAUCUCUACCUACACAAAUGAUUUUGACCCAACCCAAUCGAUCACCAGAAAUGAAUCUUGUGAAUGUGAAGCACCAGUGACUGAAAUAGGCAGGUGUCUAGAUAAUGAACUUGCUUCUCAUAGAAUCAUCAAGACAAGGGGUCACAACUAUACCCUCCGCAAGGAUCCUUUUGCUAUGAUGUGUGGGGCUAUAGAUUACGACAAUGCAUACUUUAUAUUGGAUCGUGAGGAAGAUGAAGAUGCUGCAUCUGUAAUGGCUAUUGUUGAAAGAAACACGGGAGCUUAUUUCUCCACUCCAAACAACUAUAGGCACCCUAUAUGCCUUGAUGACCUUAGUGAUGAUGAAGUAGUGGAAGUAUCCCAUUUAACUCGAGCAGGUCGACACUUCAAGCCCUCUUACCUUGAAGAAGAUAAUCCAUUAGAUGCUUUACGAAGAAAAGAAAAAGGGAAAGAACUAAUGGUAGAUGAAGUUAACAUAGAAGAUGAUGCUAUCAAGCGAAUGAAGGAGGUCAAUGCUAAUGUUUCUAUAUGGAAGUUGCUUAUGCACUCGCAACCUGUUCGAAACGCGGUCCUUAAGCAUUUGAAUGGAGCUUCAGUUGACCCCUCUAUUACUCCAGAUCAAAUUGUAGGCCUUAUUCAUGGUGUAGACCGUACUCUCAUGUUCACGGACGAAGAUCUCCCUAAAGUUUCAAACCAUAAUAAUUCAUUACACAUCACUGUUCGAUGCAAUGGAUGGACGAUACCUAGAGUUCUUGUGGAUAACGGAUCUGCAAUUAAUGUAUGUCCCUAUCGAGUGCUCACUAAGCUUGGUCAUUCAAAAGAUGAUUUGGCACCAUCAAGCCAAGUGGUUCGAGCCUAUGACAAGCCACCAGAGAAGUUUUGGGUUCCAUCGAAUUACUUAUAG